GCGUCGAUACUCCUGCUGUCGGUUGCACCACGUGCUUCGAGCGGGGAUUCGUUCGAUACGCGGAUAAGAGCAUGUAAUCGCGAACGUUGCAAAACCGUGAGUCAUUUUCACGAAAAGAUAAUUAUCCACGUGGUUGAGGAAAAAUUCAGAAAUGAAAAUAACUUCUAAUCAUUAUCGUUAAAUUAAAAGCAGAGAGCGAAAAGAAUUUUUUCGCUACUGAAUAAAAAUAGUCACACGUAAAAAAGUGAUGAAAAUAUCAAAAGAGAAUAAUAAACUAGGAAUGACAUUUCUCUAUUCUCUCUGAAAUCUCUAAUUGAAGUUAGACGCAAUCAUAUCACAGAUGCAAUCGAGAGAAAGAUAUGUCAUGCAUCCUCUCAACGCUAUGUCAUGCUAUGUGCAUGCAGGUUAAAAUUUAAUUCGAUAUAAAAAUCGAAUAAGUUUUUAUCAGUUAUGAUCAAAUGUGUAUAAUUCUCGACAUUUUAUAUAUAAAUUCGUUUAAAAUGUAUAUAAUUCGCACAUGAAAAAAAAUGUAAAAAAUAAUCAUUGCAUUUGAUUAAUUUUUCCUACUGCAAAAAGAGAGAAAAUAAUUGAGAAAUAUGCAGUAUUGUACAGAUAACAUGUUUUCAAAUUAUCGAUUAAGGAAAAUGCAAGUUUUAAUUGAAUGGUGAAUCCAAAAAAUGUCAAGACAAUGUGAUGAUCCAAAAUGUAUUGCACUUAAAGAAAAAUUUACCACUCAUAAAUAUAAAAACAAAGAGAAAGAUCCGAGACCGUCUUCAACAUCAUAUCAAAAUUCUUUGGAUAAUUCUAUUGCACCACAAAAUAAAAGGCAGAAACGUACAAAAUCAGAACCAAAGCACUCGAAAGAUAGCUCGAAAAAAAUGCCAUGUCUCGCAAUCGACUUCUGGAAACUCGAUUUUGACAUAUUUACGACAAAAGUUACGCGUAUUUCUCUGAUUUGUACGUGUAGCAUAAGGAGCACGGAACCGAACGCGUUCGAACGAAUUUCCGGCAGUUCCCAGAAUUAUAUGAAACAAAUAUGUACCUGUCGCAAAAAUGAGCAUCACGACUCUCGGAGUGGAAGUUUGCACGGACAUGCGAAUUCACAGAACGUGUCUACGGAGAGAAGCAAGAGGAAGAGAAAAAGAUCGCAUCGUCGACAUAAAAAGGCUUCGAGGAGAGAAAGUGAUCGACUGAGGCAUGACUGUUUCACGAGGCUUUGUGUCUGUGUGCGAGGUCGUAGUUCGGAUGAGCUAAGAGCUUGUAAAUGCACGUCUCAUGAGAUUACUUCGAGUGAUCACGAAUGUUGCUGCGUUAAAGUUAAUCUACAAAACAUGAGCUGUCAUGUUGCUGCCAAUCGUCGACUUUUUCAGGCCAGACGAAAAAAGAGAGUAAAUCGACUGAUAUCUAAAAGUAUAUUAAGAAAUGACAUUCCAACAGACAGACAUACUGCAGAACCAUCGGCAAGUGACAAGAAACCUCGGUUUAAAUAUCCAGAUGAAUUAUUGCAAGAAAAAUCAAAUGAAGAACGUAACGUGAUUAUCAAAGGAUUAGACACCAUUUGCAAAGGAAUUAACAGAUUUGGUGCACGCAUAAUUAGACUUUUUAAAUCAGAGAAUUAGUAUCUCCCAAAUAAUUUUUUAAAACUAUCUGAUACUUAAAAUUUCAUCUAUAUUUAAUAUGAGAAUUCUGUAAUCAAUUGACAAUUGCAGUAUUUUUAAUAUUGUAAUUUUUCUAAAUCACUCUGUAAUAUAUAUAUAUUUUUUCAAAAUUGUUAAAUCUACGAUGUCUAUUAUAUGUCCUUACAUAAAAUAAAACAUCUGAAAAGAGAUGUUCAAAUUAAAGAGAAGAGGAAUUAUGAAUGUGGAUAAAAAACAUAUACUUUAUAAAACAUUUUUUUUCAUAUUAUUUUUAUGGGUAUGGUAUAGUACCUGCUUGGACAUGCUGCAAAAGAUUGGUAUUUUAAAACCAAUCACAUUCAAACGCCAUUUCCUAUCAAUAAUUUAUUCUAUGUUAAAGAAUUCACAAAUGUAAAGUAGUCCUGUGUGGAAUUACGCUCUCAAAUUCGGUACAUCAAGGAAGUUUUAACCUGAGUUGAAUGGAAAAUUAUUAUUUGGGUUAUUGAGUAUGUUUAUGUACGUGUUACAUAUCGAUAUUGUGGUCUAAUACAUUGUAUGAAAGUAACGAUGUAUACCAUUUUAUCUAUGUGAGAACUUAAGAUAACAGUAACAUACAAAAUUCGCUGUUACUGCUUCAAUGUAAUAACCUACAAUACUUAGUAUGAGGUCCAUUUAUAAAUACAGUACUGUAUUCCAUAUACAUUGCCAAGAGGCAGUGGUCAUGAAUUAAUGUCAUUAAUGUGUGUGUCAUUAUGUUAUAUUUUCUAAAACACACGUAUUUCUUUGUAUUCAUUCGUGACUUCCGACUAAUCGUUAUUAUCAGAAUAUUGUGUAUAUUCACACUACACAUGCAAACAUAUCGCGCGUUCCAUUGAAACAAAAUAAAAAAAUAUUCUAUGGACACAUUUUACAUGGUUCUACAUAAUCUUUUCAAGAAGCGUCAAAAGCUUCAAACAUACUGCUUCGAUGCGAAGUUCUGUGUGAUCAUCAGGCCGAGGCAAAGACUCGCUGAGAGUACAUUAAACUAUUACAUUACGUACGCAUGAGGAAUUAGUCUCAAAACACUGGAAUGAUCGGUCACUUCUCGGAGAGACCGCCGAUCGGUAGCGUAGUCAGUUUAUCGUCGAAUCGAAUGAGGUAAUGCCGCUCCCUUCGCGUAUUAUUAUUCAAAACAUAGCGCGAAACUCGAAUGAAUUAAUUAGGCUAAAUGUGUGUAGCAAGCGUUCGAGUUUGGCAAGUCGGCGAGCAAAUAUCUUAUAUCGCGAUAUUAUCAUCUUAGAAUCCCGAAA